UGACAAAAUAAUAUGUCAUUACAAAUUUCGUAAUUUAUCGUAGCAAAGCAUUUUCCUGUGACUGCCAUAUCAACGUUGGCGGUAGUAUGAAAAGAAAGGCCGUCGCAUUAAGGCAUGACAUCACGUCCCAAAUAUACGGCUUUGUUUACGUUCAUCUCACACGACUCUUUACGGGAGUUCGUGUUUUGCUUCUGAAGUUCCUGCGACAAAACGAGCUCUGCCACUCGUCCAUUACAGUAAAGCAGAUGAUAACCGCGGUGUAUGCCGAUCUUAUGUAGGAUGCAUAAUGUUUCCGCUGACGUCACAACGAAAAUAGUCCAAUC